ACUUUAGAGGAAGCUUGUGAUUAAACUUUUGAUGAACUGGGCAACAAAGUUAACUGUUCGCUACAAUUUCUCCUAACCUGUUUCUCAAUCCCUUCAAAUCUUAAUCAUCAAAAUUCCUAAAAUUCCAGAAAUUGAAAUGCAAUAAAAUCUUAAAACACAACACUCAGAUGUCGCUUUCAACGCUUUCUUCCUCAAUUCACUUCCACGAAUGGUCCACACAACCCUUAAUCACUUCUCGAAGCUCUCUGGUGGCUGCAGAUCUCCUGCCCUCUCCAACAGCUAAUCUUGUUUUUUACGGGCGUGCUGGGAAUUUUUGUCACAAGUUCCGUGGCGUGAAGCUUUGGAUUUUAAAAAAUCUUAACAUUAGAUUGUGCAACAGAAAAUAUGGACAAGAAAACAAGUUUAAAACAUCAAAAGUUCUUGACAGUAAUCGUAUGGGUGAUUCAUUGAUGAUAAAUACUGCAUGUGAGGAUCAGGUUCGAGAUGAAUCAGAUUCACUUGACAAAACAAGUAAUGUUUCAACGCCUGAGGGAAGUUCUAGUUUCAACCCGACUCCAAAAGUGGCUCCAUCAGAUGGAUCAUUUAAUGUGAUGCAAACACAAGCCUUUGGUUUUGCUCGUAAGGAGGAUGAGGUGCAGCCCCUUAGUAUUGCAGUUAUAGGAGCCACAGGUGACCUCUCCAGAACGAAAAUCUUUCCAGCAUUAUUUGCUCUAUAUUACAGUGGCUUUCUCCCUGAGAAUGUUCGCUUGUUUGGGUAUUCCAGAGAUAAAUUGACAGAUGGAGAUCUGAGAUCACUAAUUGCAUCAACAUUGACAUGCCGUGUUGAUCAUCAGGAGAACUGUGGGAGCAAAAUAGACUCUUUUCUUAGUAGGACGUUCUACGUUGACGAAGGUUUUGACAACCAAGAAGGAAUCUUGAAGCUCAAUGCAAAAAUGGAGCAAUUAGAGGGAGCACGUGGAGCAAACCGGAUCUUUUACCUGUCAGUGCCACAGGAAGCGGUGUUAGAUGUUGCGACCUGUAUUGCUGAUAAAGCUCAAACAAGAAAAGGAUGGAACCGUUUAGUAGUUGAAAAACCCUUUGGCUUUGAUGCAUUGUCUUCUAAAAUGUUGACGGAUUCUCUUCUUUUGAAAUUUGAGGAGAAGCAAUUAUACAGGAUGGAUCAUCUUCUGGGAAGAAAUCUUAUAGAAAACCUUACUGUUUUAAGGUUCUCUAAUCUAGUUUUUGAGCCAUUAUGGAGUCGUAAAUACAUACGUAAUGUGCAGGUUAUUCUAUCCGAGAAACUGAGUUUGGAGAGUCAAUCAAGGUAUCCUGAUGAUUAUGGAGUCAUCCGAGAGUUGGUUCAUAGUCAUAUCCUUCAAAUGGUAGCACUUCUUGCCAUGGAAACUCCUAUAAGUCUUGAUGGUGAGGAUAUCCGAAAUGAGAAGGUCAAGGUUCUGAGGUCAAUUGGUAAAUUGGAACCUAAAGAUGUCAUUCUUGGACAACAUAAGGCUAUGUCCAAAGACAAAACGGACGUCUCUGUGACAUCAAAUACCCCUACGUUCUUUGCAGCAGCUUUGUAUAUCAAUAAUGCACGAUGGGACGGUGUACCAUUUCUGAUUAGAGCUGGGACAGGACUCACCUCACACAGGAUGGAAAUACGUAUACAGUUUGACCAUGUUCCAGGAAACAUUUACAGAGGGCGUAUGGGGCAUAGUAUUGACCUUGCCACUAAUGAAUUGAUAUUGCAAGACGUUCCUGACGAGGCCAUCUUAAUCAGAGUCAAUAACAAGGUUCCUGGCUUAAGUUUGCAUCUGGAUACUUCAGAACUAAAUUUGCUUUACAAAGACAAGUACAAUGCUGAGGUGCCCGAUUCAUAUGAGCACCUUAUUCUCGAUGUUAUAGACGGAGACAACCAUCUGUUCAUGAGAAGCGAUGAGCUCGCUGCUGCAUGGAAUAUUCUCACUCCCGUCCUUCAAGAUAUCAGCAAGAACAACGUUUGUCCGGAAUUGUAUGACGUAGGAGGAAGAGGUCCGGAAGGAGCGUGCUAUCUCUGGGCAAAACACGGAGUUCAAUGGGUGGAAGACUAAUUAAAAAAGUGUUAAGAGGUAGUCGCGGGACAAGGUGAGAUUAAGAGGCAUUAGCUUGAAAUAACAACACAGCGAGCAAGCGAAGAAGCAGCACAGGACUGCAGCCUGCAGGAAGUUCCUGGAAGGUUCUGUGAAUGUCUACAUGUCCGUGUUUGUUUUGGCAUGUUCGUGUUAGUCAGGUUUUACCAGCUUCUUACUGACUUGAGAAUAUGUUUCCUAAUCUUGUCCAAUAUCCUAGGAUUGUAAAUAUGUUAAUAUGAUUUCAUAUCAUUCAGUUUAGUUUAGUUAAAAUUCAGUUCACUUCAGCUCAGCUCAGCUCAAAAGAACAGGGUCUUACUGUGUUAGGUUCUUUAAGUAAAAAGCUGUAAGAAUUUAUAUGGAGUAUGAGACUUCGAGGUUGGUGGUUUUCACCAGGAUCUCUGAGUUUCCAUGUAAAGUCUUCUUAUGUUCCUUCUUGUUAAUUCAUGUAUUCCCUUUGA